AAAUCCACAAACUAGAAAAACAGUUUAGGAGAUUUUUUUGAUGGAUUUAUUCCUGUCCGGAUUUUCCCUGUAUCCUGGUCUAAUGGUUGGAGAGCAAUAUAUUUUAUAGAAAGUGACAAACUGCUGUCUUGAGCUGAGCUCACGGUGUUAAUAAUGCCUGCUAGCCUAAUGCAUUUAUCUGUCUGUUUCAGACAUACUGUGCACAAAGCACAGACACAGGUGGUUAAUCUGUGUAAUCAGUCCAAUAGUGUGGCUCAAUCCGCUUGCCACAUCUCCCCCUGUGAAAGGCCAAUGGCACUAAAUUUCAACCUGUCUGCUUUCAAUGAUGCCAUGAGAAGGCCAGUCUUUGGGGGGCGCAGUCAUCUCUUAACCAGAAGAUUGAAGAUUCGAAUCUCGGUGGUUGAGGUGGCGCCGCAGAUGGCUGCCAUCAGUUCUGUACUGGAAACAAAUUCCUUGUGUGUAACAUACUUGGCCAAUAAAGGUGAUUAUCAUUAUCCUUAUAAGCUAUGAAAGUAGGGGUAACAUGGGGGAAGAUGCCCCCUUAAGAAGAUUAUCUGUUUACUGAAAAAUUGCAAGCUGUUUGGAUAUGAAUUCAGUCUGCAGAAACAAGCCAAGUUUAAGUGGUAUUAUAAUGGUAGAGUAUUAUAUGUUUUCUUUAUCCCCAGUAAUGGAGCAAGAUACCACCCUUGGUUUUCUUGUUCUAGAUGCUCGUAAAAUCAUUAAUGACCUGUGUUUGUUUAGUUUUUAUUAUAUCAGUGAGUUCUAUAUUGAUUUUAUAUAUCACAUGCUCUAUGUAUUGGGCUACUUUCACGAGGUUUGCACUAAGUAAGCUAUUAUUAGCCUGCUAGGCUAUUUUUCCUUUAGUGCGCCAUUCUGCUGCCAGUGCCUCAUGUAUCUCACACAUGGUCCCAUAUUUUGUCACAAUUUCUACAUCUUACUAAAUUGCACUCUCACUAAUCUUUUAGUAUCUUAAUGUAUCCUUAGUUAGCUAUUGGGCCUAUGGCUAAGCUCAGAAGUAGGACUACCAGAGCUUUAGAUGAUUCUGUCUUCUCAGUUAAAUAAAAUGUAAUCUUUGGUCUUUGACAAGGAUUGUGGCAUUUGGUACCUUUUUCUUUAUGAAAAUAACAAUAGCUAUAAACUACCAGUCAAAUGUUGGGACACACAUUCCCACUGAACUAAAUGGGGAAAAAAGUACUUUGUUCCAAACAAAUACUGAGCUCUGUCCAUGAAUCUCAUCAUUGCAUUAGUGAUGUGUUUCCCUUAAAUCCUAAGAAGGAAAAUGUAGAACACUUUACCUCAAAAUCUUACAUUGUCCAGAAUUCAGCAACAACCUUUAAAAACUGUUUACACAUGCAACACAGAAACAUCAACUUUGCUAAUAUUUAGUGGUCACAUGUGGAGAGUUGCAUGUGAGCAGGCACCUCAACCCAUGUUACUCUAAAAGUAAAUGGUUUAAAAACAAAACGCCAAGAAAAUUCAGAUUUCUCUUAUGAUGUAAACACAUGUGGGUACACAUUAUGGUCCACCGAUAUUUCUUUUGUUGUUAAGUCUUCAUUUUCAGGUUUGUAAUUACUGUGAGAAAGGUCUAGGGCCAUGCAUUUCUUCGACCCUUUGGUGACGGGACCCACCAUCUCACACAUCAGACAAACACCGCCCCCUGGUGGCUCCACCUAUGAAGUACCGUGUUAACAACAACAAUAGCAGCUCAGCGCAGGAAAUUACACAUAUUCAAGCUGAGCCCAUAAAACAGGCGGCAAAACGGAACUGGUGGGAUAAUGCUGUUGGUACAAUAACAGAUUUAACACGUUUACUGAGCACUAUAUGUGUUCUACAACCCCGCUGUGUUAUGGCUAAGAAGAUACGUCCAAGAUGAAGUGAUAUUUGUGUGCGGCCGGGAAGGAAAACACACUGUGCAACGAGACCGACUAUAACAACCGGUAAUAGCGUUCUGUUAUGUAAACACGGAAAUAUUUCUGGCUGCGUGAAAGCACCGUUUUGCACCCUGGCGCAGUAGUCUGUUUAGGUAUCGUGUCUGUAAACAAAAUGGACGGUUAUAAGCUGUGAAGUUGAAUGUUCUGACCUACUCAGCGCCUUCCACUGAUCACCUUGCUUCUCAAGACAUUCUCACGCUAUUUUUGCUGGACAUAGAGGGAAGGAACAUAAACCCAGCCAUGAAAAUGCGGAUUUGUAAGGGCUUGCUUUCAAAAUAAAAGCGUUAAGUUCGCCCUAAACUGUAACCUUAUUUUACCCACGUGGCUAACUACACAGUAAAACACGGGGAACGUCUUGCCCACGGACGCAAAAAAAAGUAAUAUACUGAAGACCAUAUAUCACAAAAUGAGCGACUCAAAUGAUGCAGCUAUUGUUUCCGGCUCCACCGGCCCAAGCAGCGGUGCCAGGCUGAGCUUUACCGCGGGCAGAGCACUCCCAGGCCGAGUCAGGAGUCUCUCCUCCCCCACUCCACCCGGAAGACUGACGUCCCUCAGGACCAGGGACCUAACACUGGGAGCAGCCUUUAAAAAACCAAAGAAAACCUUUGAGCCAAAUGUUCACGCUGUGAGGAAAAGCAAAGAUGAAUUAAAGGAAGAGAUCCACGUGGUUCCAAAAAAGAGAAGAGAGAGGGAGGAGAGGAGGGAGAACAGAGGCAGGAGGAGAGAGAGGCCUCAGACCAUUCAGUCUCACUCCAUCUUUGAACAGGGUCCUGCUGACACUGUACGCAAAGCAGGCUGGCGUGGUGCUGUACACCUUCAUGACCCCACCACCUCUCCUGUGUGUAAACUAGUGAAGAAAGAGAGGAAAGAUUCUAAGGGGGAAGAAGAUGAGAUGCUCAGUAAACUACAAAGGGAUGAUUUCAUAGAUGAUCCAGGUCUGAGGAAUGAUGCCAAGAUGAAACCCAUCCAGCUGCCUCUGUGUCAGUCCGACAGCUUCAGCAAGAGUCGAACACUGGCGACCACAAUAUGUCCAGAAAACCCUCAAUUUUUCAGACCUCAAGCCUGUGCAUCUCAGGUUAGAGCAGGCCACAGCAGGGCAGAGCAGCCCAAACCAGAGCAGCCAUUUCUGGUAGACCUGCUCCAGGAUCUCAGCCUGUCUGGCAGAGAGGAGCUCUUCUUCAUGCAGCUACCAGACUGCAUGCCAUGCAGAGUGUCUGGACAGAAGGUCGACCCCACUGAUGGAUCUACAGCAGAGAAACCUGGGAAAAAGGAAGACAAGAGGCCUGCUCGUCUACAUGCACAAGAGGCUGUGGUGAAGGAGGGCUGCGCUGUGCUGUCACAGUUCCCAGAAGGAUUUCUGGGUAAACUGCAGAUUAGGAAGUCAGGAAAGGUGGAGCUGAAACUGGGUGACAUCAUCAUGGAGGUCUGUGAGGGAGCUGCAUUGUCCUUCCUGCAGGAACUGGUGUCUGUGCGUCUCUCUGAUGGGCGGACUGGAGACAUGAUGGUGCUGGGAAACGUCCAGCACAAACUGGUCUUAUCUCCUGACUUCCAGGCUUUACUGAAACGGUCUACAACAACCCAGCAGCAGCAAGGACCCUGAUCACCUUUCAUCUACUUCUCAUGUCCCAAAAAAAUCUGACUCUUUGACACAAGGUGAAGACAGCCAGAGGAGGAAAUAGUGUCAAAUUCAACCCACUGGGGUACAAAGACUCAGUCAUUUACUGUUACCUGAGCACUGAUUAUCUAUCUACGGGUGGGCAACUUCCCUGAGAGGAAAGCCAUCAGUUCUGUACACACCAGCAAAGCAGCUGACGUGACUGUGAGCUACAGACCAACUGAAAAAGACAACACAAGGUCCAUCACAGUAUCUACAUGGAAGAGAUCAAAGUGUGUGCACGGCAGAUAUUUCAACGCUGGAGCCUGAAAAGGCUCGGCCGCUGUGCCCCACCGCCCCCUAGUGCGCAUGUGCAGGGGACCCCAGAACGCAGAAGCAACCCCGGAAGAAAAACAAAUUUGCCGUGUACGCCAGGCGAAUAACUUUCAGUGGGGAAAAUAAAUAGAAUAAAUGAAUGUAAUGUAUUAAUGUUAUAAAAAAACGUUCUCACAAUACAAAUAUUAAAAAAAUCUCCCACCUUUUCUCCUUAAUACAUUCGUGGGAAGAAUGGUCUCCAUCUUGUGAUUCGGUAUCCAGCUGUUACAAUAUAUUAAUAGGACAAGGGUUGAAUUUAGUUUGUUAUAAUCCGUCCUGUUGGUGUUUGUGUCUGCUUUGGCACCAUGAAGAUAAACGAGAACAUUACUGGAGGGACACAAAGUUGUGUUGGUUCCUUACAAUGCAAACCACGUGGCCAGGUAACGUUAACAUUAACACCUGAUGAGUGUUGUUACACACACAAAGCCUGUCACUUUGUCUCUUAUUUUCCUCUGCUGAUAUCUUGCAAUGUCAUUUCUUUACUAUCAAUGUUUAAACAUGGCGGAUGCGUUUUAUUCUGACUUCUAAAUAAGUCUGCAACUAAUAAUAAUGUUGAGAAAACAAUCUCAUCACAAGUUCCAUUUAGUAGCUUUUCUGGAGCCUUCAAUCGUAUCAUACAGUCUCAUUUGUCAUGAAGCAUUUGAAAGCUUUUUGUCCAGGCUGACACAGGGUGGAGAAAUAACUUAGGACAGAUGACACAUCUGGCCCAGCUGUCAAUACAAGCUUUUGAUCCUUUGACAGUCUGAAGUCUCUCUAACUGGCACAGCAGAACCAGCUCCAGUCCUUUGGCAUCUGGAUACAUGACUAAGUUAAAGCUGUAGAAACCUGCAGCCCCGUCUCUUAUCCACCUGUUUACACUCUUCAGGUAUCAUGAAUGGAUUCACUUUAAGGUCACAACAAAACCCAACAAACUUAAGAAACUGUAGCAUUUAAUGAGGACACUGUCACUGUCCCGCUGACGAGUUACAGCAAAGAAACAGUAGCAAUAAAUGGUUUACGAGUGAAAGCUGUCCCAGGCAAUCUAUCAAAUGGAUAUAUUGUUCCAUCCUUGCACUAUGACACCAAAGUGUUGACUAAAGUCCUUUCUAAGAUUCAUUCAGGUCCUUAUAUAAGCAUAAUAUUAUGCUAUGAAAAUUUACAGUCAACAUAUAGUCCACCAUUUUGCAG